AUGCCGAGAUCCAUUGCAGUCAUCGCGGGUGUUGGACCCGGCACCGGGAGUGCCGUUGCCCGUCGGUUUGCGCAGGCGUACCCGGUAGUCCUGUUAGCUCGAUCGCAAGAGUCCCUGGAUCCAUUGGCGAAGGACAUCACGCAGACGGGUGGUGCUGCAAUUGGCAUACCCACUGAUGUGACUAGCACCUCGGGUAUGACUUCGGCCAUGGAUCGAAUCAAGACGCAAUUUGGGCCGGAUCUGAGCAUUGCGGCGGCGAUCUACAACGUGGCCGGCAAAUUUACACGGAAACCCUUCUUGGAGCAAAGCGCCGAGGAGUUUCUCGGGGCCCUGGAACCGACCGUCAAGGGCGCCUUCAACUUUGCACAGGCCACCCUUCCUUUGAUGUUGAGUGGAACCGACGCGCAAUAUCCACCCACCCUGAUAUUUACGGGUGCCACCGCCGCGCUUAAAGGAGGGUCUGGGCUUUCUGGGUUCGCCAUGAGCAAAUUUGGCAUCCGUGCUAUGUCCCAAUCCCUGGCACGCGAAUUCGGUCCUAAGGGUGUUCACGUCUCACAUGCGAUCAUUGAUGGGAUCAUCGAUACCGAGAAGACGAAAAGCUAUAGUCCGGAUCUACCGGAUUCGAAAAUUGACCCCAACUGGAUCGCGGAGUCGUACUGGUUUUUGCACACCCAGCCGCGGACAUCGUUUACGCAUGAAUUGGAUUUGCGGCCGUAUUCCGAGACUUGGUGA